GCUCGCCCCGCUGCCGCGGACCACACGGCACACGUCAUCCGGCACACGCACGCACACCGCACUGCACACGCGCGCCCAUUCUCCCCCCAACAACGUACGAGAUAUCUGGCUUGCGCACGCUCGUACACGCCGCACCGACUCGCCGCUCUCGCACGCACUCGCGAGCAUUAGCACCCGCGAACCGCACCGUCGUCCAGUGAAAGAGUGUCGUCUGAGCCGUCUUCAUUGCCGUUUCAAUACACGUCGUGUCGUCGUCACGCAACGCAAGCCCGAUCAGGCGCGCCUUUUUCAACAUCGCCACCAAGACUGUGUUGUUCGCGUACACGUAUUGAACCAUCUUCACAGCCCUUGCCGCUACCGUUUGCGAUCUGUUCUCCUCGUUCCGUAUUUCAAACCCGUUUUCCCGUCCAGUGCAGUGUCCAACCCGUCCCGUCCUGUCGCAUCGCUUUCGCGAUACACCGUCCGCACGAAGACAACCGCAUUAUCCGAACAACCGUUUGGCUGAUUCAAGCUGAACGAGAUGUCCAGGAUUUCGAACUAUAUCAACGCGAUCAACGGCAACGCGACCGUCGCCGCGACCACCGCCGACGAAGAGCUCAAGGAACAAUUUUCCAAGAUUGAUAAAAAUGGUGAUGGAACAAUCGAUCUUUCUGAAUUACAAGAAGCUCUUGAUUUAUGUGGUUUUAAAUUACCUGCAUGGAAAGUUCGUAAAAUGAUUGAAGAUUAUGAUAGUAAAAAAACUCAAACAAAAGGAAAACUUGUAUUUUCAGAAUUUAAAAAGCUUUGUUCAGAUUUGAAAGCUGGAGAAGUUGCUAGUUCAUUUAAACAGGUUGUUUCUAAAAAAGAAAAUUUAGAAACAUUAGGUGGAAUGUCUGAUGCAUCAAGUGAAGGAACAACUCAUUCCGUGAGAUUAGAAGAACAGCUUGCAUUUUCCGAUUGGAUUAAUAGUAAUUUGAGUAUGGAUCCUGAUCUAAAGCAUUUACUUCCAAUUAAAUCUGAAGGAAAAAAUUUGUAUGAAAAAGUUAAAGAUGGAAUUUUACUCUGUAAAGUUAUUAAUCAUUCAUGUCCUGAUACAAUUGAUGAAAGAGCUAUUAAUAAAGAAACAAAUAAAAGCAACCUUACAGUGUACAAAAAAUUAGAAAAUUUAACUCUAGCACUAGUUUCCAGUCAAGCUAUUGGUUGUAAUAUCGUUAAUAUUGAUGCACAUGAUCUUGCUAAAGGAAAACCACAUUUAGUCCUUGGCUUACUCUGGCAAAUUAUUAGGAUAGGAUUGUUUAAUCAAAUUACACUUGAAAACUGUCCUGGACUAGCUACAUUGUUACAAGAUGGAGAAAAAAUUGAAGAACUUAUAAAAUUAUCUCCUGAAGCGAUACUUCUAAGAUGGGUUAAUUACCAUUUAAAUCGUGCUGGAGUUUCUAGACAAUGUCAUAACUUCCAAAAUGAUAUAACCGACUCAGAAAUAUAUACUUAUCUUAUGAAGCAAAUCGCCCCAAUAGAUUCGGAUGUUGAUAUGUCUGCCUUAAUGGAACCAGAUUUGAACAAGAGAGCCGAAAUUAUGUUACAACAAGCAACAAAAUUGGGUUGUCGCAGUUUUGUCACACCAAUUGAUGUCGUGAAUGGUGUCUACAAAUUAAAUCUUGCUUUUGUAGCAAACUUGUUUAAUAACCAUCCAGGAUUAGAUAAACCUGAAGGAGAAAUUGUUGGGUUGGAAUCAAUUGAAGAAACAAGAGAAGAAAAAACUUACAGGAAUUGGAUGAAUUCCAUGGGUGUAGCACCUCAUGUGAAUUGGCUUUAUUCAGACUUAGCAGAUGGUCUUAUUAUUUUUCAACUGUAUGAUAUUAUUAAACCAGGAAUUGUAAAUUGGUCAAAAGUACACAGGAAAUUUUCAAAACUCCGAAAGUUUAUGGAAAAAUUAGAAAAUUGCAACUAUGCUGUUGAAUUAGGACGUGAACUUAAGUUUUCUUUAGUUGGUAUUGCUGGACAAGAUUUAAAUGAUGGAAAUGCAACUCUUACGUUAGCAUUAAUUUGGCAGCUAAUGAGAGCAUACACAUUAUCAGUUUUGACUCAGCUUGCCAAAACUGGUAGUCCAAUAAUUGAAAAAGAAAUUGUUACCUGGGUUAACAAUAAAUUGCAAAGUGCUAAUAAACCAUCGACUUUAAGAGGAUUCCAAGAUCAAGCAUUAUCAGAUGGCAGAAUUGUUAUUGAUUUAAUUGAUGCUAUAAAACCUGGCACAAUUAAUUAUGAUGUGGUUAAAGAGGGAGGUGAUGCUGAGGAUAAUCUAGCAAAUGCUAAGUAUGCAAUAUCAAUGGCUAGAAAAACUGGAGCUAGAGUAUAUGCUCUACCAGAAGAUAUUACUGAAGUAAAACCAAAAAUGGUGAUGACACUAUUUGCAUGUCUUAUGGCCAUAGAUUAUGUUCCUUAUACGAGCGUUAGUGAAAAAACAUACUCAUAAAUGUAAAAUUAUUAAAUAUAAUUUCUUUGAUAUGACAAUCAGGGUCGGCAAGUAGUAUGCAUACAAGUAAAAUUAUUGUUGUAUUAAACAAUGUGUUUUCAUUUUUAUUAAACUAUAUAAAUUAAUUUUUUUA